UUGUCACUUAUUUUCUGGGAGUAUUUUUCUUAAAUUAUUAUUUUGUUGACUACAUAUUAAUUACACACUUAGACCGAGUAUAUGUGUGUUAUAAACAGGGUGUUCUUUAUUAGGAUAAUGAUUUUAAAGUCAAUAUGCUACGGUAUUAGGUGAGCAUCCAAAAACCAAACUCUAAACUUUUUUUAAAAGAUGUCUACACUAAAUAUCCUCGCUUAUAUUCAUAGAAUACUUUGCACCAUACAGCCCUCCCGAGGGACCUGAGGUUUGCUGUGUUCAAAGUAACAAAGCAAAACGUGGGCUGACUUAACUAACCCUCAUGUACAGUACUAGACAGAAAUGGGUUGCGGAGCCUCCAUAUGCGAUGAUAAAAGACGAGAUGGUGGUAUCCAGCCAGCAGAGGGGAGUGAAGAUGCAAGAGAUGCUGAAAUGAAAGGUCGGAAAAGUAAGAAGACCCCACAUUCGCACACUGACCGCGCCGUGGGGUCUCAGGACACAGAAAGUGACGACGUGAAAGAAAACGACAAAACCUCAGCACAGCACGGAAACACUAGUCAACCUGGUGAUAACACAAGUAGUAAGGAAAAACAGACAGGUAAUGGCUCAGUGAAGCAAGAUAAAAAGAAUACCGUAAAGGAAGAUGAGGCUGUGGAAGAAAUUGAAAACAUGUUUAAAAUGACAAUGAAUGAAACAGCUUUUGAAAGUGAUGAAGUAUCUUUGGCCUUUGAGAGCUUUCUCCAUAAUAAUGGAAUCCUUUAUACCUGCUUUAACCAAUAUGGAACGAGGGUCUACUUUGAUGAAGCAAAGCAGGGGGUUGUACAUUUCCCCAGUGAAUGGUAUGGUCAAGGUAGAUUCAUUGUUGGGACUAAUGAGCAGGUGACCAUUCAUAAUCAAGCUCCCUCAGGUGUUAGCCAACAUUUAAAAUCUGACACAACUUUCAUGGAAAAUGGUCGUGCCAACAAUCUUUACAUACAAGGAAAAGGAAUGGUCAUGACAUACAUGUUUGAGGAAAGAGCCAAUAUUUGUAGAUACUUUGAUGCACAAUCUGGAAUGUGGCUUCUAUUGCCAUUGCAGUGGGAGAUGAACAUGGAUUUUGUCAAAGAUAAAGUUCUGCAAGUUAUGAAAGCUCUUCCAGGUCUUGUGGAUAAAAAGGAAAUCUCUGCAGCUCUUAGACAAUGCAACUAUGAUCCUGAUGAUGUCAUUUCUGUCUAUCUCUCGAUGUUUGGAGACAUUCUUUUACAGCCAUCAGAUGGAAGGCAAAAUUACAAUGAUUUAAAUUCCUUUAGGAGUCAUCUGCAUAAGGACAUAAUCAUAGAAGAUCUCAGACAAAAAUUGCUAGAAAAAGAAAAGGAAGUAGAGAGCUUGUCUCAGGGGAAUACUUACCUUUCAAGAGAGACACAAUAUCUUUCUGAAGCUGUUGAACAUUUAAGACAGAGAGUGGCAGAGCUGGAGGCAGACAAAGAGGAAGCAUAUGAGAACAUCAGAGCAUUACUGGCAAGGAGAUCCAUAGUUCCUCCUGCUAAGGUGGCAUCCACACCUGCCACAGACUCUGACACACUGGUGCAGGUCAGACAAUUUACCAGAGACUUGAACAUUUCUAACAAGCAACUAAGAUCCACAGUAAAACACCACUUCUCUGAAAUGGAACAUCAGGUGAAACAAAUAUUGAAAGCUGCUGUCAGUAUAAAGGAGGCUGAAACUGAUUUUUCCAAAGAGAUUGAGGAGCUUCGUGCUUUCUAUCGAAAGGAAGCCCUGGAAAGAAAAGUGCUUUAUAAUAAGCUGCAGGAGCUGUGUGGGAAUAUCCAAGUGUUCUGUCGCUGCAGGGGCGACUCACCAGAAAAUCUGUGUUUUGAAGUCGCUUCUGAUGAAGAGGUUGUUGUAAGCCAUAAGGGAACAAAGAAGACGUUCUUCUUUGACAAGGUCUAUUCCUCCAACGCUACUCAGGAAGAAUUGUUUAACGGGAUUCUUCCAAUGAUCACAUCCUGUGUUGAUGGAUAUAACAUCUGUAUACUGGCCUAUGGUCAGACUGGCUCUGGGAAGACAUACACUAUGAUGGGCACAAAAGAUAAACCAGGAGUUAACAUUAGGGUGGCUGACAACAUGUACAAUCUAGCCUGUAAAGUACAAUAUAUAGAAACUAACUUCGAGCUGCCCAUGAACUUCAAUUGGUACAUUAUAAAGUCAAGGCCAAGCCAAAUGUUAUUAAUGCGUAUCAUACUUUUUUCCCAGAUGUCCAUGACCGAAAUUUACAAUGAAAACCUUAUUGAUCUUUUAUCAAAUCCCCCAACAAAUCAUUUGGAAAUAAGGACCCUUGGCAAAUCCAUCAUAGUUCCUGACUUGACUCAGAUUGAUGUGAAAACAGAAGAAGAUAUUCUGAAUGUCAUGGAGCUUGGUGAAAAAAACAGAACCAUGGCUUCAACCAAUUUGAACUUUGAGAGCUCACGAUCUCACCUCAUUCUGACACUAAGACUGGCUGGGAAUGACAGCGUGUCUGGUGUCACGUCCCAUGGCACUCUCACUCUGUGUGACCUGGCUGGAUCAGAGCGCAUCUCCAGGACUGAAGCAAUAGGACAGCGGCUUGUAGAAGCAGCUUUCAUAAACAAAUCCCUAACUUCUCUGGCACAGGUUUUCAGUGCUUUAAAAUGCAAUGCACUUAAUGUACCAUUUAGAAACUCAAAACUUACACAUGUGCUUCAGCCAUCCCUCAGUGGAGAUGCUAAGGCCUGUGUGCUCAUGAACAUCAGUCCUGACAUGAAGAAUGUGUUGGAGACUCUAAGAACACUUCAGUUUGGCACCUCGAUUCAACAGGUUGGCCUUCGCAAAGCCACAUGGCAGGUUACUCAAUGUGAUCCAUUGCACCUAACUAAUCUACACAGGACAAAGUAAUUCUUGUACAAUACAAAUAAAACUG